AUGAUGGCAUCGUCUUUGGUGAGCUAUAAAGCUAGCGCUGUAGAUAGUUCUCUGCCGGCCAUAAUGAAGGUCUUUGGUAAGCUCUGUAAAGAUCACACCUCGCCCCCAUCUAGUGAAGCCGAUGCUGUUAACAAUAGUACUACUGCAAAUGGAACUUCUAGUACCGCUGCUCCAGCUUCUGGCGCAUCGGCCAACGGGGGCACUACUGCUGGAGCCAGUAGUGCCAGUGCCGAAAAUGCUGCCACCGAAAUCGAUCCCAAACAAGUGGUUGUAUUGUUAGAGAAGAUCUUAGAUUUGGCGUCUUUGAGAAUCUCAUAUCUGGGAGACCAGAGAAGAGUAUUCUUGUCUUUGAUUGCUCAACUCAUCGAGAGAUCAAAGGACCAUUCUAUUUGCGCAAAAAUCAUCAAGAUUACGCGCAACUGGGUAUUUUCAAAGACUGAUCUCUUCCCUACUACUAAAGAAAAGGCAGCAAUUCUGUCAAAGAUGAUGGCUUUCGAGAGUAGGGGUGAUCCAGAAUUAACAAAAGAGUUCUACUCUAUUGUUGUCAGCAUUUACGAUGAUCCUGCUUUAGCCAGAUCUGAAUUGUCUGUUAGAAUGGAGCAUGCGUUUUUGAUUGGUACUCGUCUGGCAGAUUACAAGACUCGCCACAGACUGAUGACUAUUCUUAGUGAAAGCAUUGAUACUAAUAUCUUGAAGAGGUUACAAUAUGUUAUUGGAGAACAAAACUGGGAGUACAUUGGAGAAUCGCAAUGGCUGAAUCAAGCCCUCCAGAUCCUGUAUGGUGGUAUCAAAGAGGAUGUUCCUUUGAAAUUGAGGAACAAUGACUUCAUGUUGGCCCCAUUACAUUCCAUUAGCGAUGCACUACCAAGUGGUACGUUAGAGGCUGCCGCAAAAGAGGACGUUAGUGACGAUUUGGAGGCGUUUGUCCGCCGUAGAAAAGAAUUCGUCAAAGAAGUGUCUACCGCAGCCACAGUGUCAUCUUUCUUUGGACCAUUGGUUGAGCUUCAGUAUCAAAGUCCUGAACUUGUUCACAAAAUGUGGAUAAAUAUGUUUCAGGUUGUUUAUGUCAAUGUUCCAAGAAAAGAUAGAACUGAAAUGAUGAGGGCACUGAUUAUCUUGCUAUCCAAAGAUUACCACAAUAGACAGGUGGAUGCAAGACCAAAUGUAGUUCAAACUUUGUUAGAGGGUGUGGGUACUGUUGAACAACUUCCCCCUCAACUUGUCAAGUACAUGGGUAUUGCAUUCAAUGCCUGGCAUCCUGCUAUGCAGAUAUUGGAAAACAUUGAAGCACAUCCUCAACGCGAGAGUUUGAAGGUCAGCGAGAGUAAUUUGGACGCUUUGGCAGAGCUUUAUGCUGGCUUACAAGACGAUGACAUGUUCUAUGGAUUGUGGAGACGGCGUGCCAAUUACACAGAAACAAACUCUGGUCUUUCUUAUGAACAAUGUGGUAUGUUAGGUAGAGCCAUGCAGAUGUACGAGGCAGCCCAGAUCAGAGCUCGAAGUGGUGUUCUUCCAUAUGGAGAGUCUGAAUAUGGUCUCUGGGAAGAUCACUGGAUUAUCAGUGCCCAGAAGCUGCAACAAUGGGAUAUCUUAACUGAAUUGGCUAAGCAUGAAGGAUUUACCGAUCUCUUACUCGAGUGUGGAUGGAGAGUCGCUGAUUGGACUGCUGAUAGAGAACCUCUUGAGCAAUCUAUCAAGACUGUUAUGGACGUUCCUACCCCAAGACGACAAGUGUUUGAGACCUUUUUGUGUUUGCAAGGAUAUGCCCAGAAGACUGAGACGGUUCAAGAGUUAUCUAAGUAUUGCGAUGAGGGAAUUCAAUUGGCUCUCCGCAAAUGGUAUGGACUGCCGACCAACAUUACUGGUGCCCAUAUUCCACUGUUGCAUACCUUUCAACAGUAUGUUGAGUUCAUGGAGGCUAGCCAAGUGUACAGUAGUUUGGCUUCUACAACAGCGCAGAACUUGGACGCCAAGUCUCAAGAAUUGAAGGGUGUGUUACAGGCAUGGAGAGAAAGGUUGCCUAAUCUUUGGGAUGAUAUUAAUAUAUGGGGUGAUCUUGUUACCUGGCGACAACAUGCUUUUGGAGUUAUUAACAAGGUGUAUUUGCCAUUGAUUCCGUCUUUGAAUCAAGCUAACGGUAACAACAAUUCAACCAAUUCUUAUGCUUACAGAGGCUAUCACGAAAUCGCUUGGAUCAUCAACCGAUUUGCCCAUGUUGCCAGGAAGCAUAACAUGCCAGACGUUUGUAUCAGUCAGUUGACUAAAAUUUACACACUGCCCAAUAUCGAGAUCCAAGAGGCGUUCCUCAAGUUACGUGAACAGGCCAAAUGCCACUAUCAGAAUCCUAAUGAGAUGAACACAGGUUUGGAUGUUAUUAGCAACACCAACUUGGUAUAUUUCGGUGCUCAACAGAAAGCAGAGUUUUUCACUCUCAAGGGAAUGUUCUUGGCAAAAUUGAAUGCCAUGGAUGAUGCAAACCAGGCGUUUGCUACUGCUGUUCAGAUUGACUUGUACUUGCCAAAGGCGUGGGCUGAAUGGGGAUAUUUCAAUGAUCGAAGAUUCAGAGAACGACCUGAGGAGUUACUGUAUGCUAGCAAUGCCAUUAGUUGCUAUUUACAGGCAGCUGGCCUAUACAAGAAUAGCAAGACUAGAAAGCUGCUCGGCCGUAUUUUAUGGCUCAUUAGUUUAGAUGAUGCCAAUGGAUCAAUUGCACAGGCGUUUGAUACUUAUCGUGGAGAGGUUCCUGUCUGGUACUGGAUCACAUAUAUUCCUCAAUUGCUGACAUCGCUUUCUCACAAAGAAGCUAGAUUAGCGCGCCAUGUUUUGAUCAAGAUUGCUAAGAGUUAUCCACAGGCACUUCAUUUCCAUUUGAGAACGACCAAGGAGGACUACGCAAUUAUCCAAAGACAAGCCAUGCAAGCAGCCCAGAACGCCAGCCAAAGAGCUGGUCAGCAACCGGGUGGUGCUGCUGGUGGUGGUUCAUCAGCUGGUACACCUAAUCCUGCAUCUUCCAGUCCAGGACCUGGUGCUGCCGCUGGCUCCCCGGUUCCACAAGCCUUUGCUGGUGGGGCUGGAGCUGGAGCCACUGGUCCUAAUGGCCAGCCUAGUGCUAAUAGACAACCAUGGGAACAUGUGGAUGAGAUUAUGGGUAUUCUUAAGACUGCUUACCCUCUCUUGGCAUUGUCUUUAGAAACAUUUGUCGAUCAGAUCUAUCAUCGCUUUAAGAGUCCUGCCGAUGAAGAUGCUUACAGACUGAUUGUUGCUCUAUUCAAUGAUGGCGUGCAAUAUAUGGGAAGACUUACUUAUCCAAAAGAAGAUGCGAAGUUACCUCCUGCAACAGAAACCAAUAUCACAAGGUUUGCUGAGAGUGUCUUACCCAAGCACAUAAAACCAGCAUUUGAAAAGGACUUUGUGGCGGAGAAACCAAAUCUCGAGACUUAUGUCAUGAAGUUAAGAAAAUGGAGAGAUAGAUUUGAGGCGAAACUUGAUGCGAGACCAGACAAGAUCAACUUGGAAUCUCUAAGUCCUCCACUCUGUGAAUUCCAUUACCAGAAGUUCGAGGACGUGGAGGUACCUGGACAAUAUUUCGAACACAAGGAUAACAAUAUGCAUUUUAUCAAAAUUGAAAGAUUUAUGCCUACAGUGGAUGUUGUCCGAGGAUCUGGCGUUUGCUACCGAAGAUUGUCAAUUCGUGGUCAUGACGGUAGUAUUCAUCCAUUUGCAGUGCAAUAUCCGGCAGCACGACAUUGUCGUCGUGAAGAGCGGGUGGCGCAAUUGUUCAAGAUCCUUAAUGGUGUUAUUGCUCGUAGAAAGGAAAGUAGACGUCGUAAUCUCCAGUUCACUUUACCCGUUGCUAUUCCUCUUACUACACAUAUCCGGAUUGUCCAGGAUGAUCCACGGUACAUUUCAAUGCAUUCUAUCUACGAGAAUUACUGUAAGAGAAUUGGCCAAAGUCGCGACGCACCAUUGGACUUUUCUACCAAACAGCUUAGAGCAGCCUUUGAUGUUAAGCUUCCUAAGCCAGAUAUUGCUGCUGUCAAGUUGGAAAUUCUCACUGCCAUUCAAGCGACUCUGGUUCCAUCUUCUAUUAUGCGCGAUGUAAGUAUAUCGGCUUUUUCAAAAGUCCUGAAAUUAUAUUUUGUCAUGGUAUCUAACAAAACUUUAGUAUUUCUGUACUGCAUACUCUUCAUUUGUUGA